GGUCACAGCUACUUUAGAGCGAGUUUAAACUACCGCGUGUAAGUGGGCUCUUCUCUUCUCUCGAGCUCUUCCACGGACGCGGGGUGCGUCAGAGUGCGUCAUUGUGCGCCGCGCCUCCUCCUCGCCUCUGCCACGUCACUGCUGUUAUGGGCAACUGGAGUAAGUGCAGAUACUCAUAACUAACCGCGGAACAGAGAAGUGGCAAACUGUGAAUUCAACGCUGCUUGUACCUGAGACAUUAAUUCACCAACAUAUCCUGUGAGUGUGGACCGCGCUGCCCUGAUGAUUCUGGAUGAGACUCCCCUCUUUGACCCUGGCCUCCUGAAGGAGCUGGACUGGAGUGAGAACACGGUGCAGUUCAGCCCCCCCAUCUCCCCAUCACAGCCUGGGGAGGGGCUCCUGCUGCGGCCUCUCUGCCCCGCAGACCUCAACAGAGGUUUAUUCAAAGUCCUGUCUCAGCUCACUAAGGCUGGAGAUGUGACUCCUGAACUGUUCAUAAAGACAUUUGACCACAUGAAGCGGACAGGGGAUUAUUACGUCACUGUGGUGGAGGACACAAACCUGGGGCAGAUCGUCGCCACGGCAACGCUCAUCCUGGAGCACAAGUUCAUUCACUCCUGCGCCACGAGAGGGAGGAUAGAGGAGGUCGUUGUGAGCGAUGAAUGCCGAGGGAAGCAGCUGGGCAAACUGUUAGUGUCAGCAAUGACUCUUCUUAGCAAGAAACUGGACUGUUACAAAAUCACACUGGAGUGUCUACCGAAGAAUGUGGCCUUCUAUGAGAAAUUUAGCUACAGUUCGUCGGCAGAAACCUACAUGCAGCACAGGUUCUUUGACUGAGAUAUGAACUCUUAAUCUUUUACCCCAUCCUCUCCUCCCACCUCCCUCAAAUGAAACCCAAGAACAUGGCUGGCCACACAUACACCUCCCCCAAAAUCCUUGAACUUCGAACACUUCAUUCGUAUUUUAAGGACCUUUCUUCAGUGGUCAACCUAAAAAGCAACAUGCAGAUUAAUGCAUUCACUCCAUUCAUUCUGCCCUGCAAGAGUAAACUGCUGGACGCACCAUGAUUUUAAAACAAACAGAGCCAACAGCAGCUGCCUUGGAGCUGAAACGCACAGACCCGUGUCAAAGCAGGGAAACCCUGGGUGCUGAUAACUUGGUAUGAUUUCAACUUCGUCAUGUAACCAAAGGCAUUGCAAUGGGGGGUAUAGAUGUGCUAUACAAGCUGUUUGCUGCUCAGCGUAUGAAGGCCCACUUUAUGCAUUACGAAAUAGACAUUUCAACCAAAGGACCUUGAUUUGACUUUCCAAUGGCUAUGCACAGGGUUUUGUAAUACCUCAUUUAUAAAGUGCUUUUCAUUUCUGAGUCCAAGCAACCCGUAGGGUUAAGACAAAACUCUACACCGGGGAGGACUAGAACUACAUAGGUUAAUCAGAGCUAUCUUAUUACAGCAAAGGGUUAUUUGAGUUUUAAUGUAGAACAAGAAAAUUAAAUUAGACAAAACUAGGUUUAUAGACCCAUGCCUUCCUCAUGGACUGGAGUUAAGAGUCGCUGGUCUGCUAGGAUACAAUGUAACGCCUCCAGUGAAUCAAUCAGUACGCUACAGAGAAAGGGCAUGUAAGGUGCUUCCAGUCAGUUCUGGAUGAUUGAUGAAAAAGCAUUGUCAUUCUCAGAUCAUCCUCAAAGUUAUUUUUAUCUUACAGUAAAAGGAAAUUAGAAGAGUGGCUGUGGGUACUUGUGUUUUUAAAAGUGUGUUUUUCUACAUUGUAAAUGUUAAAUAUGUGCGGGAAAAAAAAAUAGCUUCAUGCCCUUGUAGGAAUAAUCUUAUAGAUACCACCAAUACAGAAUACUACCUGCUUCAGCCUGCAGUGAGAAGCAUGUAAUUCUGUAGAAACACUGACUCGGAAUCAUAGGGCAACCAACCUUUCCUAAAAAUCAAUCCUGAAUUUCAAAAUCACUGCAGGUGUGUAAUCAAACAAUUGGUACAUUGCAAAACCUGUUUCCUUAGCAUCCUGAUUAAGAUGUGCAGCAAUACAGCACGUCCACUUUGAGUUCCAUGAUUCUAACUUGUUACUGCUCAAGUUUUUUUUUUUCCUCCUAAAUAAUUUAUAAUUUCUUUUUAAAAAGUUGUCAAACACAUGUAUAAUAUUUAUAUGGUGAAGGGAUAGAAAAAUAUACAUUGUGUAGGAAUUUAGCAGCUUUAUCAUUUUUAGUAUACUCUCUAUUCUAUUACAUACAGUGCAUGAAAAGAAAUGGUGGGGUUAAAUAAAAAAAAAAAAAGUAAUAAUUGUUAUUUAUUUGCAAUGUAAACAGAUUUUUUUUUUGUUCAAAUAAAAAUGACUGUUUCAAACAUUUUGCUUUUUUACUUCCCUUAUAAUUUAUAGAACCUGAGUUAAUUCUGACAAUUAUUGUUAAACAUAUUACUUAAAAGGGCAAAAUAAUAAUCGCUAUAAAAUAACAGCCAUUAAUUUUACAAAGAACAUGUAAUUAAGUACUCAUAAGCGUGCCUGUGUUGUUUGUUACCAAUUAUGUUACAUUAUCUUAAGUUGUAUUCUACUUUUACAAAAAGAUGGUGAAAAUGUAAUUAUGGUGAAAAGUAAUUCUGCCCCAGUGUAUCAAUUUACUUACACCAGCUACUGUGAAUGAGGAACCUCUCCCCUAAGAAGCAGAUGAGUACAUUAUUAAACAAAUGAAUAAACAUUCAGAAUUCUAAUAGUUUGGUUUAAUUCCAGAAUUCUAGAAUCUCCAAAUUCUCUGAAUUAAAUAUAUCAUCCCCAUCAAUAACAUACCAGUACUAAAAAACAAAACAUUGGCAUCACAAUUGGACAUCUUUAACUUUAAGUAACAUUGCAUUGUCGAUUCUGUUGAAAGAAUAAUAAACACAGAAACCAGGUAUAAGCAAACUGCAUUUACUGAACAUUUUAUAAAUACCAUUAAGAUUUAUUUCAUUAUUUUUUUUUUACAAAUUAGAACAUUUUUCAGAAUACUUUUGUUUUGCUAGAGCAGUAACUCAUGGAGAAUUUAUUUUUAUUUAAAACCACCAUUAGAUUCCUUUUCUCUCUCCAUGUACUACAACAUUCUUCCAAAAUCGACAGGAGACCCUGCGUCUCACAAAGACUUCCUAUUUAUAAACUCACUGCAAUUUUAUUUCUUUUUUUUUUUGCAAAAGGUGAAGACAAUUUAAAAUGUGUGACAAGGUAACCCUACCUUUCUUAAAAUUAAAAUUACUCAACAUAUGCAGUCUAUCCUCACGAACAGGAAUUAAUAAACAUCAAAAGAAACGUAGCACUUGCAAAUCUGCAAUGCCAAAUGUUUUCCCAACAAAGAAUGAAGAAACCUGCUCCUGCAGCGUGCCAGGCAGCACAGCCAGUUUCCAGCAGACCUGGAAAACAGAAGGGAUGGAAAUGUGUUGCCCUUGCCAUGACUUAAGCCAGUGGACAACACUAAACAAACUGCCACAAGCACAGUUUGAGUGCAACAAGACAGCAGAGUCGUAGAGUACGACGAGCGUCACUUCAUGGGAAAUAUUGAAGUGUUUAUUGUGCUUUAAAAAAUAAUUUAAAAAAAGGUCUGCAAAAAUCAGGUAGUUUUCUGCAAACUCUGGAUCAGGGUUUCUCUCAUCUGCUUCAAACCUGCGCAUAGGACCAAAGUGGAUUGUUUUUACUAACAAUUCUCCCUCUCCCCAAAAAUAGUUACAAUUCAAGUAUCCAAAGUACAUUAUUGCAAUAUCGCCCCGCAGUUAAUGAAAAUGCAUUAAAUACUAUGAAACUGCAAAAAAAAAAAAAAAAAAAAGUUCAGUGCAGUCAGUU